GCUGAUAGCUGCUGAGACUGUGUGAUUCCUUCUUGCACCUGUGCAUUUUCCCAGCACAGAACUCACUCAAAAAUGCCUGAAAUGGAAACAAUUUAUGAUCUGCUGUUACUAAAUGACACUGACUUCUCCAGUUUCUUCUGUGAUAUUGGGCUGGAAAAUAAAACUAUCUGUGAGGAACAUUUCAAUGGAUUAAUACCACCAGCAAAAGAUCUUGAUCAGAUGGUACGGAUUUUAUUAUACUCAUUAAUUUUCCUGCUUAGUGUCCUUGGGAAUACAUUGAUAAUCACUGUCCUGGUGCGGAACAAGCGAAUGAGAACUGUGACAAACAUAUUUCUGCUGUCGCUUGCUUUCAGUGACCUGAUGCUUUGCCUGUUCUGUAUGCCAUUCAAUCUCAUCCCGAACUUAUUAAAGGAUUUUAUAUUUGGGGAUGCCAUGUGCAGAAUUGCCACUUACUUCAUGGGUAUUUCUGUGAGUGUCUCGACCUUCAGUCUAGUAGCAAUUUCACUGGAGAGAUACAGUGCUAUUUGCAAUCCACUCAAGUCCAGAGUAUGGCAGACAAAAUCCCAUGCUUUGAAAGUCAUUGCUGCUACAUGGUUUCUAUCUUUUACCAUCAUGUUGCCUUAUCCCAUCUACAGUCAACUGGUACCCUUCAUGAAAACCAGUAAUAGCACUGGUAAUAUGUGCCGCCUCGUCUGGCCAAGUGAUGUCAUCCAGCAGUCCUGGUACAUUUUCCAAUUACUGAUCCUGUUUUUAAUACCAGGCGUUGUUAUGAUGGCAGCAUAUGGGCUAAUCUCUCUGGAGUUAUACCGAGGAAUAAAGUUUGAAAUGAAUCAAAGGAGGUUCACUCAAGAGAGAAAAAACAGCUCAGAAUGCAGUAGGUAUGAAGAUGGUGAUGGCUGUUACCUACAAAAAUCAAAGAAGCGAUUUGAAAUGCAACAGCUGUCUACCACGAGUAUAAGUAAAAUUAACAGAGCGAGAAGCAACAGCUCAGCUGCCAGUCUAAUGGCAAAGAAACGAGUGAUCCGCAUGCUGAUCGUCAUCGUAAUCAUGUUUUUUAUAUGCUGGACUCCAAUAUUUAGUGUGAAUACCUGGCGGGCUUUCGAUCGCUUUUCAGCAGAUAUACGGUUAACUGGGACACCUAUAUCCUUUAUUCAUUUACUUUCUUACACGUCUGCUUGUGUAAAUCCAAUAAUAUACUGCUUCAUGAACAAACGUUUCCGUAAGGCAUUCUUGGCAACAUUCAACUGCUGUCCAAAAAAAAACACACAAACUAGAGAGAUGUUGGUGGAAGAAGAUGGGGGGACCACAGGUGCAUCUCUUUCCAGAUACAUGUACACUAGUAUCAGCAUAACGGCUCCUGUGUGAAAUGAGAACUAACAACAGCUACAGUACCAAUGGUCUAACUGAGCUCUGUACAGCAUUCAAAACUCUCUUGUUCAUAGUUACCAUUCAGACUGAAUGAUACUGACAUGGCAGUAUUUUACCAAAAGAAAAGCUGUAGAACAAAUGGAAGAAAGGGCCUGUGCUAAUGACAUAACCUUCACCAGUGCUAAUAAUAUGUGGAUUUUGAUAUUAGCAAGAACAAGUCAUGCUAAGGGUCAGUAGAGAAAGCAGCAUUAUUUUAUUUGCCCAUUUUUGUCUUAUUACUCUAAUCCUCAGUGACUGGUGUCAUCAGGUAGUGUUGAUUGUGAAGGAAAUUAAACUUUCCUAUCUGAUGAGACAGCUGGGUAAAUAUGAGGACAGUUAAUCAUCCCUGACUGUGUGUGUGUGUGUGUGUGUGUGUGUGUGUCUCUCUCUGUUCAGUGGCAUCUAUGAAGAAAAGUAAGGAGGAAGGGAGGUAGAAAUGUUUAUAAAAUUAAUAAUGUUAGGAUGCUUCUAAAAGCAUCUUAACUAAGAUACAAAAUGAAGACUGCUACAGCAUACCAAAAGUGUGAAUUAAGAAGCUGUACUAGAAGCUGCAUUUAUUAUGUAAAACGUUGUUUCGUUAAUUUGAAAUGUCACUUAGAAAAAUAGAAUUGUUAGUCCAAUUCAUGAUAGCUAAAUGUUGCAUUGAACAGUGCCAGAAAAUAUGUGUGUGUAUGUACUAUACAGUGGGGCUGUCAGUUUGUAUUGACAAAUGUUUGUGUAUGCCAGUACUCUGUACUACAGUGUUCUUCUAAUGUAUGUAUUAUCUAAAGAAAAAGGGUGGGGAGACAGGUAACUAGUAAACAACUCUGAGCUACAUGAAAUACAUAAACAAAAUGGCUCCCUGAAAUGCCAAUAAAUGAAACAA